UGAAAGCAGCAGAGCAGGGUGUUGUAUUGUAUUGUAUUGUGUUUUGUGUGGCGAGUUGAAAGUGAAUCAUUUCAGCCUCGUUUCGUUUAGAUUGCAUUUCAAUUGCAACUUUGGUGGAAACAACUUUUCUUCAGUUUUCCGAGUUACUUAAUUUGCGGUCAUCAAAAUGUCUUUGUACCCGUCUUUGGAGGAUAUGAAGGUGGAUCAUAUGGUGCGGGCUCAGAUGGCCCAAUACCAGGCGCCUCCACCAGCCUAUAAUAUGAACCCCAUGGCUGUUGCUACGGCGCCAACGCCCGGAUACUCUCUCCCUGCUCCUACUGCACCUGGCAGCAAUGCUCAUAUGUACCCUGCUCUUGGUGACUAUAUGGGUUUGGAGCUCUCUCAAGAUGUUAUUGCUUUGAAUAUGCCCGAAUACCAGCUACAGACAGUCCAUUCUGGAGGUGCUGUAUCUAAUCUGAUAGCCCCAAUAUCUUCACAAUCAGUGUCAUUAGCAAAGGCUACAGUCACAGGGGCUAUAAGACAGGUUGUCUUGUGCAAAGAUAAAGACGGAAGAUGUGGAUUGCGGCUUCACUCUGUGAAUAAUGGAGUGUUUGUAUGCUACGUACAAGCAGGAAGCCCUGCAGCGUUAGUUGGCCUUAGAUUCGGAGACCAGAUAUUGGAAAUUAACAAUGUUGCUCUUGCUGGGAUGACCAUGGACCAAUGCCAUGGUCUGCUGAAGAAAGCGCCUACUAAUGGAAUUACUAUGGCUGUGAGAGACAGGCCUUUUGAGAGGACAAUCACCCUGCACAAAGACUCGUUAGGCCACGUUGGUUUCCAGUUUAAGGACGGAAAGAUUGUCGGGCUUGUUAAAGAUUCGUCGGCUGCAAGGAACGGAGUGCUCACUGACCACCAGCUUCUAGAAAUUAACACUAUUAAUGUUGUCGGAAUGAAAGAUAAGGACAUAUCAAAGGUUAUAGAAGGGAGCCCGUCAGUUGUAAACAUCACAAUUAUUCCGCAUUACAUCUACAAGCACAUGAUAAGCAAGAUGUCAACAUCGCUGUUUAAAGAACUGGACCGUACACCAGCUGUGUAAUCAACAGAAUAUAUAACGGGAAGUAUCAAAUUAAUAUAGUUAUACUACAAAAUACAAGGUAAAACAGUCACUUGUCUUGUUUUUACAUUUUGGCCAAAGAAAAUUAACUUUCUAGUGUGAUAAAAGAACAUUACGAAUAAUAAACAAAAAGUUUAAAUUAUCUAAACAACAGCAAGGAUAUUAUUAAGUUAUGUUUUAUUAUAAAAAAGUAAAAAAAAAUAUAUGUCUGAUGUAGUAUUUUUAUAAUAAGAGGAUAGACAAUAAUUUACCUUGUUUUUUGUAGAGUUAGGUACUAUUUCACAAAUAGAUUACAAUUGUGUACACAAAUAAAUGUCCAGUUACAUUUGAAUAGAUAAAUCAAUAUUAGAGAUAUGUACUAUUCAAAAUUGUCGUUAUUGCAUCAAUGAAACUUAUUUUUUUAAGAUAAUAAAAAUAAACUUUCUUCAUUACAAUUUUUCAGGAUUUAUAUGCACAUUUUUUAAAGAAUUAUUGCUAUAAUUAUAUUUAACGAAUAUUGUUUUAUGCAUUAUAAAUGAAAUACAAGUAAAUAAAAUAUAUUUUCUCUUUAGUCGGUACUGGCUGUGACGACGGAGAUGCCAAAUUGUGUUUAUUCCAUGCUAAUUAGUGUGUCGCGUGCUUAUUUAAUAAAAGUAUUAAGUUUUGGCCAUAACAUUGUUUGACUAAGUAUUAAAAUUCGCCUUUAUUUUUCGGUUUAUUUAAUUCUAUCAUAAUGUAUUACUAAAUUCGAAUAUACAAGUGGUAAGAUAAAAAGUAAAAUAUUAGUUUCAUAGUUUUUAAUCUGCUUUGUUGUGCAAUUAAGAAGAAAUUUAUUUAUUUUUAAAUUCUCGACAGUGCUACGUACUAACUGUAGGUACCUAUAUAGCAUUUCUAUCACAUUCCUUUUAGAAUCUUAACUUUUUUUAUGUAUUUCUCCUGCCGAUUACUUCUUGGUGUUAUACAAGUGACCUUUUAUAAAUAAUUUUUUCUACUCCUCUACUUUAAUCUGGCAUUUAAAUAACCAAAAAGUCUAAUAUAAGUACAUACAUAAUUAAACUCUUUGAAAAAGUGUACGCUCUAUGGCCUAUAAAAGCAUUGUUUACAAAGUGUAACUGUACUAUAAUGUCGCCAAAAAAGCAUUGUUGUUGUUUUUUUUUUUUUUGACCUGGAAACUGGCACCUUUACUUUGUUUGGUGCCAUAGAUAUACUAUAAAAAAAAAGUUUACAUUUGCCGCCAUUUUCCCGCGCGUUGGAAAAUAAAUUGGAAUUUUUUUGUGUUUCGUUUAAAAUUACGUCGUCGUAGAAAAAGUAUUGUAUGCAACGUUGUAUAA